AUGGCGAUUCACGCACACUUUACCGUUACAGAUUUCAUUGUAUUUUCGUUAACCUUGUUAGCCUCUAUGGGUAUUGGAAUUUUCUAUUCUAGAUCCGGAGGAGCACAACAAAAUAAUAACGAAUAUCUUAUGGCGGGACGAAGUAUGUCUAGUCUUCCUGUAGCGGUAUCUGUUCUGGCUUCUUUCGUGUCCUCCAUCGCUAUUCUGGGAAAUCCAGCUGAGGUGUACACGUAUGGUUUUCAGUACUGGUUUCAAUGUUUUACGAACUUUAUAUCUGUGCCCAUCAUGGCACUGGUUUUUUUACCCGUUUAUUACAAUCUCCAAUUGACAAGCAGUUACGAGGUGAGUGAACCGCCGGUCGUAUCAGCAUAAAACAGUAAAUAUGUUUACAUGUCGUGGCCACAUAUUUCACCAGUCAAGGUCAGUAAAUAUGUAUUUUGCUUUUGUACCAUAUAUAAAGCUAAGGCACAGAACCUUUCUUACCCACAUAUUAGACUAUUUGUGCCACUUUUGUAUUUUAACAAAAAGUACAGCGCUGCGUAUUGAGGGAUCAAUAAUCGUGAAAGCUCGUGGGACAUGACCUGUAAAAUAAAACCAACGGAUGUUACAUAAUCGAAUCAGAUAAUCGAUGCCCAUGCAGUAAGCCAACGCUAUAUUAAAGCACGUUUCUCUUUCUCGUCCCGUGAGGCUUCUUUUUAUUUGAAAUUGGUUUUGAUAUAUUGUAUAUACGUAUACAAAUGGUACUGUUUGCAAGUUAAAACAGCGUAAAUUGCACCCUCUUCAUUCAUCUGAUGAUCUAUCCUAAAUAAUUAUGACAUUUGUGUUGUCACCUGAAUCGAUUUAAGUUCAUUGUUCUCCUUAGAGGCUUUAAAUAAUUUGAAAUGGUUAUGAUAUGAUGUAUUUUAUAAUUUUGAUUAUACAAAUAAUGAACGGUUUCGUUAGGUAAACAAGAACAAAUUGGUCCCUGAUCUUAACCUUAUUAUUUAUGACAUUUGUGUAGUCAUCUAAAUGAAUUGAGGUGUCUCAGAAAGGACUAUGGAGUAAAAAAGAACUUUUUUGUUAUAUUUGUUGUGUACUCUAACUUCUGGCAGGGCUGGGGGAGGGGGGGUGGGGUAGAGGGGAGUGGGUGGAGGGGGUUAUCACUACAGUGGUCUAAAUGGGUGGGCUCCACCCAAAAGUGGUACCUUUUUCAGGUAUGGAUUUCACAAGUUGUAGUAUAUGAAAGGGAAGGGAAAUCUGUGAUUUAGUUAUUUAAAUUAUAUAAUUUAUGGCAUCAAAGCAUUAAAGAAUACAUGAAACAGGAACUCCUUUCCUUUAGAACAGGUGGAAAAAACUUUUAUCUCUGUAUGAAUUAACUAUUGUACAAAGAUUUAUAAUUUGUACUCUAACUUACCAGUAUAAUAUAGCAUUUUGAAUUCUAAUAAUACUUGUCUGGUUAAUUUUCCAGUAUUUAGAGAGAAGAUUCUCCUUCAGUGUGCGUAUGUUAGGCUCUGUAGUGUUUGUCAUUCAAACAGUAAGUACAUGCAUAGCGAGGAUUUGUUGAUUUUAGAGUAAAAGAAUGUCUUAAAAGAUUCAGAUUUUCUCUUUUACUUAGAGGUAGUCUCUCUUCCAUCACACCUGAUGUGCUAAGAAUGAUAAAUUGGACAUGAAGUAAUAGUUUUGACAAUAUAUUUCUUUGAACAAAUUCUAAAUCAUUUUGUUGAAUUAACAGGUGUUAUACACAGCUAUCGUAUUGUAUGGCCCUUCUCUUACAUUGGAAUCAGGUAAGCAUUGAAGAUAAACUGUUGCUGAGCUUCAAUGCAUAUUGAUUGGUUAAUUGGUGGAUUGAUUGAUUGAUUGAUUGAUUGAUUGACAUUGAGAGAUGAUAUACUUUUUUGUUCUCUGGCUUGAAUUGUGCUGCAAACCUAUCAAAACAGCACUUUGAAAUAAGUUACUUAUUUAUUGUAGUUUACCAGGAGGAACAAAAAGCAACAUUUUAACCUUACAACUGAAGCUGUUAGUCAAACAUAGUCAAACAUCCUAUAAUGGACUCUCCUUUACUAUGGACAGUUCUUUUGGUGGCAAAGAUGCCAUAACUCAUACACCUCUGACCUCUGUGAUUAAAGACACCUCAAAAAUGCAGUUACUUUGCUGUCUCUCUUUGGUAUCCAAGUUACUGGUCAAAAUUAAAUUCAGUUUAAAAAAUUUUUAACCGUGGUUGAUUCUAAAUAUCCUUUGUCUUCUAGCCCUAAUUUUCUAUGAAGUAGGGAAACCUAGGAUAAAAAAAGUUUAACCCGAAUAAUAAUUAUUUAUACUUUUGACCUGUAACAACCAUAUUAAGGAGAUUUCACGGUUUAAAUGUAAUUUACUGCUUAAAGUGUUAAUUCGUGACUUUUAUUAAUAUUAUUUCUCUGUCUUUAGUGACAGGCUUCCCAUUAUGGUUAUCCACAGUCGUAACUGGACUUGUCUGCACUUUCUACACCACUGUGGUAAAUAAUUCAAAAACGCAUUAAAAAUAGCUGUAGCAAAAUAGCUGUACUGUAUAUGUUCAGCUUUAGACGUUCACAGUGUACUUACAAAUGCAAGGUUAGCACAGAUGACCGAAUUAUUUGCAAAAAUGUAUUUAAAAAAAGUUCAGUUUAAGAUAACUUUGUUUUAAUCUCUAGGUGUUGAUGUCUCUUUUUAUCUUACUUGAUUAUAUUUAUUUCAUUUGAAAAUGAUAGUUUUUAAUUUUUUCAGGGUGGAAUGAAAGCCGUAAUUUGGACUGAUGUGUUUCAAGGAGUUGUGAUGUUAGCUGGUCUAACAACAAUCAUUAUAGUUGGAACUGUAAAGGUUGGCAGUCUAAGUGCUGUGUUUGAUACAGCUUACAAGGGACACAGACUUGAUGUUGAGUAAGUUUGAUAACACAAUUAAAUUACAUGUACAAAUUCUGUGAUGUUAUUUUUUUAGGCUCCGUGUGCCUGUCUCUGGGAAAGUUGAAAAUGUAAUCUAGAUUGUGUGUGUUUGCAGUUUCUCAUUAGAUCCAACCCACCGAAGUACUUUCUGGGCAUUUUUGAUUGGUGGUAUAUUUCAGAUGCUUCCUGUUUAUGCAACCAAUCAGACUGCUGUCCAAAGAUUUUUGACUUCCAGAUCUUUUAAAUCUGCACAAAGGUAAAUUUCCCUGUUGAUAGAAUGAAUCGAUAUAAAUAAUAAAUAUUAUUUUUGUUGUAAUAAUUUACAGGAACAAGAAGUCUGUGUGUAAAUUCAGAUGUAUUUCAGCUGUCUUCGACCUCUCUCUCUCUCUCUUUUUAGUAUAGGGAGGCAACAGUCAGAGAUACAUAAGAUGCACUUAUAGGCGAAAACAAGGUGUACACAGCCUGCAGUUAAUGUUGUUAUGGUCAAAAUUUGUGUGUCCUUAACAGUAGGGAAUUUUUUAAUUUUUUUUUAGAGCUGUGUGGAUGAAUAUACCACUUAACAUUUUCAGCACAACUCUGACAGUUUUAACAGGCCUAGUCAUCUAUGCAUUUUAUUCCUCAUGUGACCCUCUAACCACAAAGGAAAUAAACACAGAUGAUGAGGUACAGUUUAGUCAUGAUUACUCUUGAAAAUAAUUUAUAAUAGCAAUAAUAAAUUAACAAGCAUUUUGCUUGACUCAGUCAUGUGAUUGUAUAGAAUUGUUUACCAGGGCUGAGUUGCUCAAAGCAUGGUUAGCUUUAACCAUUGGUUAAGCAGUAUCAAAACCAUUACGUUGUCAAGGUAUUAAACGCUGGUUAACGCUAACCAUGCUUCGAGCAACUGGGCCCAAGGUGUUAUGUCAUUAGUACUUACAGGUAUCACAUGACUGUUUUCGCUUUAGAUCUUACCAUACUUUGUGAUAGAAGUACUUGGCAAAUUUCAUGGUAUUCCUGGAGUGUUUGUAGCCUGCUUGUUUUGUGGUACCUUGAGGUGAUCUAUAAGUUUGUUGUUAGCACAGAUAAUUUUCUCAUCUCUCAUUGGCAUUAUAAAUGCCCUGGCCUUGAUAUUUUUCAUUCAUUUUUGUGUCCUUUUUCAUUUACUCAGUACUGUGGCAUCAGGACUUAAUGCCCUGGCAGCAGUCACAGUGGAAGACUUUGCUCCUUUGGUGGUGCGACAUAUUCCAACUGAAAGAGAAACAUUAGUAUCCAAGUUACUAGGUAUGUAAUAGGCAUAUUUCAAUAUUGUGAUAAUUUAUCUGUUUCAUGCCACUGGGAUCAAUGGCCAAAACUUAAGACCAAGUGACAUAAUUGCAGAGAAUGUUUCAUUUCACUGGUCACACCAUAGGAUUUCAUCUUAAACUUAAAAGUUAAAACUAUCAUUUCAAUUUCACUGAAUUGACAAAUGAUUGAAUUAGCUAGAGUGGCUGAUAACACCAUCCACAUGCUAGAAUACAAAUGUCCAAAAAGGCAUCUUUGGGUGUGCAGCUUAUUGGUUUUAGGAACAAGAUAAGUUUUUCGUGACCUACAGAACAGGCAUUACUCUUUUGCUGCACAAAUCUCCACUUUCUUUCUCCAAGACUUUUUUAAUCACUGAUUUAAUAAACAUUUCAUCUCAGUUCCCCUAGCCCUUUUUACAGUCAUUUCUUUUAAUGUACAAAUAUAUUUUCAGUGUGUGUUUAUGGAUUUGUUUCUCUUGGCUUGGCUUUUCUGGUCUCAAAAUUUGGAAUGAUUUUACAGGUAAGCUCUAAAAUUGCAUAGCAGCAGGUGUAAAUAAUUUUGCAGGCCUGCAAAAAAAAUGUCAGUCAAUAGACAUAAAAAUUAUUGAAAUAAACUUUAGUUAAAUUGGCAAAAAAUGAAUGUUAACCUCAUAAUAGCUUGUAGACUUGAACUGUGUUUGGGAGUAGGAUAUCAAAAGUUAGGGUGACAUAUCCACCUUAAGCUAAGAUGUAUUUAAGUAUUGUCUCCAAAACAUUGUCCAUUGUUAAUAAACAAUACUUAUCAGAUAUCCUGAUGUAAGAAAUGUGCAUAAAUUUGGAAGGUCACUAAGGUCAGUCGAAGAGUCAAAAGUGUACCCCACCCUUCUAAAGAGAAGUUUUGUAAUUAGAGAUAACUAUGGACAUUAUCUGUUGUAAAACUUGCUCAUUCAAUCUCCCAGGCUUGUGAUAUAACUUACCCUCCUUUAUAGAGUUCUGCUAGUUUCUAGUUCCACCAGCUAAAAUUUUUUUUCUAAGAGGUUUGGAUGCCUGUUGAUUUGCUGGAACUUGAUAACAUAAUUAUUCAUCUCGGUUUUUCUUUUUAUUGUUUGCAGAUGAGUGCUACCAUGUUUGGUACUACAGGUGGCCCAAUGUUGGCUCUAUUUUCUCUUGGAAUGUUAACAACCCGUGCUAAUUCUAAGGGUGUGUGGAUUGGAGUUGUUAUUGGCUUUUGGACUGUCACAUGGAUCAGUAUAGGAGCGCUAGUGCAUCCUCCUAGAUACCCAACACAACCCAUGUCAAUAACAGGCUGCCCAAGCAAUGUAACAAACUUCAAUAUGUCAUCACUAAACCCUGCAAGAUCGUAUGUUUCCUUGUGCAUUAAUUUUAACUAAAGUUAAAAGAUGGUUCUUUUUGGUUUUGAAUGAUUAAAUAAAUUUUAUCUUUUAACCCAUUAUAAGAGUGAUCAGCAUCAAUUUUCUCCUUGUAAUAUCAAUGCUUUGUAAAACAGAGUGGUCAUGAGAAUUACUGACAUGAUCUCGCAAGAUGAAUUUCCUUGAUAUUUUAUGAACUUCUCCCCACUACUUCUGUAGGAAAUGAAUAGGGGCAACAAAUGAGAAUUCAGUUCUUGAUCUUAGGGGUUAAAGGGUUAAUUGCCAGCAGCAUGCAAGAGCAAUAAUAUUAUCCACUGAAAAAUUGUGCAAGAGAAAAAGCCCCAUUAGGGGCUGAUCACUCAUCUUUCUUUUACUACCAUUAAGGGAUUUUUGCAACACAUUAUUAAUAGUUUGUCCAGCACUGUGAUCUUUACUGUCCUUUUCAGAAACUUAGCGUAGAGGUAACACCUUUAACAAAGCUCCAAAACACAAAACAAAACUGUCUGUAAUAGAAACACAACCAUAUUAAAUACUGUAAUGCCAUAUAAGCACACACCUGUAACAGAGAUUGACCUUGUAAACAAGUUGUUUAUUUACCAUUUUACCCUCAGUGUUGAGCCUCAUUCUGUUUAUGCCAUCUCGUUCUUCUGGUAUGGAAUUCUUGGAUUUUUCAUCACUUAUAUCAUUGGUUAUUUUGCCAGUCUUAUAUUCAGUGAGUAUCUCAGAAGUAUCACGUUGGUUUGUGCUACGCAGUGGAACCUUGAUAUACGAACCACCUUAGCCCUUCUUUAUAUCGAGGUUCCACUGUAUUACUUAUACUUAAUAAUAUUGUUUCACCAGCUCAGUCAGAAGUUAUCAUGAAGAGUCAAGUUUUCUCAGGUUGUCUAACUUUCAAUCUGUCACCAAACUGAACUCACCUACAAUCAGGGAAAGCAGAUGUAUUUCCUGCUGUCACCUCUGAUGACCAGAAAUAUGUCUGCCUCCACAAGCUACACUCUCCCAGACAGUAACCAUUUAGUUUUUCUUUACAGCAAAACAUGAAACACACAGCAUAGACCCUGCCUUGCUGUUUGACUAUGGUACAAUAACAGCUUGCUGGAGGCGAUUAAAGAGAGGUGGCAUCAGCUCCCCUGGGGUAAUUAUCUUUUUUUAUUUCAUUACUAUUGUUCAUACUGCCCAUUUAUAUACCAAGGUGAAAUAGUGAAUGUUUUGUUAAACUGGAAGUGCACCUGGCUACCCUAGCCUGUUUACAGGCACACCACUCAAAUAUUUUGAAACAGAUAACACAAAUAAGACCUAACGACAUUAAAAACGGUUACCCUAACUGGCAGAAGGUAACCAGUUGGCUAUUUUCAAGUAUGGGUGGGGAUCGGAUUUUGGAACCCAGUGGGUGGAGCAGGACUCAAACGCAGGACUGCCAGUUUGUGGGUUCAACAUGGUGACCACUUGGCCAUGCUGUCUCCUCCUUGUAACUGAAUCAGGGAUCAAGUUUUCUCAAAAGACUCUGCAGUUUUAAUUAAACUCCUUUUCCUCACCUAUUUUGUCCCAUUUACAGAAAGAACAAGAACAGAGCCCACAGGCUAUGACUGACUGAAUGACUGACAGGAGACUGUAGAGCAAAUGACUGGCAAGAGUGACAGACAGACUCACCAACAUACCCAGACAAUAACUGAGCACCCUUUCACAGCAGAAACAUUAUAAUCAUACCCAGACUUUGCCAACGUCACUUGAUUAUUAACACCCCAUGAUAGUUUCCAUCUGAACAAAAGCUACUAUUUUGUUUAAAACCCUGUUAAUUCCUUCUUUAAUCGACCAACAACCACCUUUUGACUAUAAUGACAAAUGUACAUAAUUAUGAAAUUUUCGUUAUGCUCUGCUUCUCAUUCAUUGACCCUGUUUUGUUAGCUUUAUACCUAAAGUUGAGAGUAACUGGAAACUGUAUGAACACAUUUGCAAGAAAGCUGUAUUGCCCUUUGUCAUUUUUCUUUCAGUUUAAGAUUUUUCAACCAACCAAGAUUCUGACAAUCAGGAGCUUUUCAAACUUGAUAAAACUAAGCAUAAGAAGUUAACUGCUAUGAAAUUUAACAUUUUCUAAUCCCACCAUUAUCACUUUUUCCAUGAUAACAGUAUUCAUUCCCACUACAAGACUUAAAUCAGGUCAGUGCUCACUUAAAAUAGGGACAUCAAAAUUUAUCAAGAACACUACACUAUUUUUUUAGAUUUACAGUAUCACAGGAUGAUAAUGCACUCAGUCAACCCUUAACUCAAAGAUUUCAUCUUUUUGACAACUCAAUACAAAAUUGAGCACUUGAAAGUCAAAAAGGGACAAAUUUUCUGGCUGUUGCACAACUAUAGCAUCCAGCAGUAUUUGGCAGGGGGGUGGGCACAUAUCCUGAAGAGUGACUGGUAAUCAAGUCUAUCAGUAAGGCAGGAAGAUUUUACUAUGGCAAAAAAUGGCAACACAAAAGUUUUGAAUUUUUUGCUGGAGUGUUAAAUGCAGUUUAACAUAAUUUAACGUCAUUAACAACAACUGAAGGAGUACCAUCUCACAUCUCAUCCCCCCCCUUCUCAGACAUGCAUUUCCACCAGCUGACACAGUUAUAUAAUAACAAUAUAAACCCCUGCAAACUACACACACACCACCUGUCUGCUCUUGUGUCUCCAAGGACAACAAUAAAUUUUUUGGAUAUUAGCAUAAGAUGGUGAAUUAAAUCUAACAUAUUCUGGAGAGUAUGAGAUUGUUGUUGUGUUGGUUGUAGGAGUGUGCCCCGUUUAUCACAAAUGAAGAAGAUGACAGUGUUCAAGAAAGCUAAACAAAGAAAAGACAGUAAACGCUAGGAAUGAGUUUAUGAAAAAUAUGCUAAAGUAAAGUUUAUAUCAUACACUGUAAUGUCAGAGAGGAGCUAUUGGUUCUUUGUAUAGUGAAAACAAGUUAAAAUUAAAACUUAAUUAUAAAGAAAAAAAAAAUGGAGAUGAUAAACCAACUAGAACUUAAAGCAGGGUUCAUACAAAAAAUUGCAACCAUUUUUCAAGGACUUUUCAAGGACUUUUCAAGGACCACAUUAGAUUUUCAAGGACAACCUACUAGGAAUAUAAUUUCACAGAUUGUACAAAAAUGCAUAUUCCCAGUAUUCUAAUAAGACUUUAAGGCUUUAACUGUUUGCUUUACCAACUAUUCUACAUUUUUCAGUUCACUUGUCUUAAACUGAUAGUUAAUUAUUGCAUAAAACAUGGAGCACUUUAUGUAAAUGACCUUUACAUUCACUGAGCUACGAUUUAUAUUCUGUCUUGGACAACCAAAAAGCAUCAAAAAAUUCUUUCGAGGCUACUACAUUCAAAGUUGAAGAAAAUUCAACUCUUUUCAAGGACUUGCACAGAAAUUUAAGGACUUUUCAAGGAAAAAUGGAAUUCAAGGACUUUUCAAGGACUUCCCCUAAAAUUCAAGGACUUUUCAAGACUGUGCGAACCCUGUAAAGUUUAUAUAAAGUUUAUUUUAUGUGUGUUUUAACAACGUUUUGAAAUCGUGUAGUUGUAUAGUAACAUUUUUAUUCUAAGUCUUUCUUUGUGCAUAUUAUCAGACGUGAUGUCACUAACUCAGUAUGCAAUUUUCAAGUUGCCCCAAACGUCUUUUUUAAAACAAUGCCUAGAGCAAAAUCUU